UUUGCGUAACUUUACCAUACCUGUUUAAUUACCGAUGUCUAAAGAGCUAUAACACUUGUGGAAACUGUAUUGGACAUAAAAUGUGUUAUACUUUUUCAAUGACUUUCUUUAGAAAUACUGUUUACUAUGUUAUGCGAUGCUUGGAGAGUCAAAGUUAUUCAUUUAAAGUGACCAUUAUUGAUGCAUGAUUUUAAUAAAAACUGGAACUUGUCGACGGAUGAUAAUAGAACUUUACAGUAUCGAAUUUAAUGAACAUUCGUUAUUGGUUCUUGAGUUUAAUGACUGGGGACAGAUAUAAUGACGAACCGAAAGUUUGAUGAGGCGCCUGCAUGAAUACGAACAUAACCAAAGAAUGAAACAAAUAAUUGGAUUGCAAUGUUGCGGCUAUCCCAGGCUCUUGGCUCUCAUUUCAGUCCACAACCUUUACAUAUCCCAUGUAUAUUCAGAUACCCUGCAAACCUGUGAAUAUUGCAGUCAUUAGACAAGGAACAUCAAAUCUCUAAGAAUAUAUGUGCCAAGACCGCAGAGCAUCUCUUACAGUUUGUUUAAACUUCACUUUGAAACGUUCAGCAAUAGAAAAAUCGUACUCAGAGGCACUACUGAAGAUUUCCUCGGCAUUUCUCAAUAGAAAGAUUCCCAAUAUUCCGGACAUCAAAGUUGAAGGUGGAGAAGAAAAAUGGAACAUGUGGAAUGUGUGGCGCACGGUGCUGGAAGAGAACGAGAAGCUUGCUCGCGCACGUCUCGCUGCUGUUGAAGUGUUCCACCAGCAGAUUGCAGACGAUGCCAAAGUACUCAAAGCACACAAAGUUCAGACUGCACGAAAGUCAGUGGAUCAGCUUGUGGUGAUUCAGAAAGAGCUGCAAACAUGUGUCCAGGAUGUUGACAAGACCAAGAAGCUGUACUUUGAUGAAGAACACAGCGCUCAUGAUGUGAGAGAUAAAGAGGAGAAGCUAAAGAAGAAGAAGGGUUCAUUCUUCCAGUCAAUAACUUCAUUACAAAAAAACAGUGCAAAGGUUACUUCAAAACGUGAGGCUCUAGAAGAGAAGUCCACUGGUGCUCGAAAUGACUAUUUGUUGAGCCUUGCAGCUGCAAACGCACACCAAACACGUUACUUUGUAGUGGAUCUCCAGUCUACGAUGCAGAUGAUGGAGAACAAUGUUUAUGACAAGGUUGCUGAGUACCUGAUGCUGAUUGGACGUACAGAACUGCUCACGUGUUCAGCGACACAAACUUCCUUCACAAGGAUCCGGGACCAAGCUCAGCAGCUAACACGAGACUACAAUCUGCAAUGUGUGUACCUGUUCUACCCAGUGCUCAAGCAGCACAUCCAGUAUGAAUUUGAACCAUGUGAUAAUGAUACCAUUGAUAAGGUGACGGCAGACCAUGCUUCCGCUGUCGUCAGUCUGAGCAAAGAAGCCAAACGCUGGGCUGCUCGCAUUGCACGGGAGACAAACAACAUUCGGGAGUACACAAGGAAACUGCAAGUCUUCCAGCAGCUGAGGGACUCAGGACAGAAGAUAGAUCCAAAUGAUCAGAAUGGACCAGAUCUGGAAACUAAAAUUGAAGAACUGAAACUGGGAAUUAGGAGAUCGGAGACAGGAAAGCUGAAGGCUGAAGCUCGGAUAGAAUAUCUGCGAGCGGGUGGAGUCAAUGUGGAUGAGUGGAUGCAAGAGGUGGACAGUCUUAGCGUGCAGGACAUCCCCCGCUCAACCAGCUCGCUCUCUAUCCGCACUGAUGCCUCUGGAGCAGGGGAACCCCCAACAUCUGAUUCAUUGUAUGACAGCGACAUUGAUCAGGGCUCUGAGGUGGCUGCAGUAGACCGCAAAGGCAGUGAGACAGGAGUGCCUGAAGAUGAAAAGGAUAGUGGAGGAGCUGAAGUGGAUGGAGAAUGGGCUAUGGUGGAGCAAGAGAGGCAGAGGCUGGAGCAGCUGACAGCUGGCUGGGAUGAUCCCACACAAGUGGACUGGGGCCCUGAUGAAGGGGACACAAUCACUGGGGCACCUGAAGGAGAAUUGGAAGCUGUACAGCAACCCCCAACUGUUGACAUAACAAUCGAGCCUGGUCACACGUACAAGUGCAUAGCACUCUACAAUUACACAGCACAGAACCCAGAUGAACUCAGCAUCGUGGAGAAUGAACAGCUGGAGGUGGUUGGUGAAGGUGAUGGCGACGGCUGGCUGCGCGCUCGCAACUACCGAGGGGAGGAGGGGUAUGUGCCCCACAACUAUCUGGAUGUGGACCAUGAUGAUCAGACUGAACAGGGGGGAGGCUCCAGCUAUCAGCUGGUCUCACAGAUCUCAUUCAGUUCUGUGGACUACACAGUGGAUGAUCAGGAGGAUGUGAAGAUGCAGGAUCAACCAGUUGUUCAGCAAGAUGGUUUGGAAAGCUACUGUCUUGCACUGUACGACUACGAGGCCACAUGUCCAGAGGAACUCUCGUUCACUGAGGGCAAAGUGAUCCGAGUGUUGAGGAAAGUUGUGCACGCCGUGGAUGACGGUUGGUGGGAAGGAGAACUGAACGGCUGCACUGGGCUCUUCCCCUCAUUGGUUGUGGAGGAAUGUCGUGAAAAUGGCGAGCCUCUUACACCCCAAGAUGAAGAUGAGACUCCGGGAUCGGCUCCCCCUGUGUUCACGCCACCGGAUGUGCCUACAUUCCUACUAGCUCCUCAGCAGGUCAUCAUUACCCAGCCCACACCUGUCAUUGAGCAGCCUUCACCAAAACAGGCAGACAUACCUGAUCCAUCUGCUGUUGAGGCAGAAUUCGAACUGCAGCUUAGUCAUGGACAACAUGAGCAGUAUGACAGCCAGUUCCAGGACUGUGCCCCACCUGCCAUCACAGUGGAUGAGUGCCCCACCAUCUCAGUUGAAGACGAUGAGGAGGAGGUCUUGCCACAGGUUGAAGUGACAGCACAAUCAGAAGUUGACAGCGACGGUGACAGAGCUGAACCGCCAACCCUCCAAGAUGACAGUUUCAAUCUAGGGGUAGCUCAAAUUGUCAUUACUGCUGCAACCCCGGUGAUGGAAGAACCAGAACAGCCAUUCCCUCCUCCACCCACAGAAGAAGAAGUAAACGCAUCGGAGGAUGCAGAGGAGGUUGACCAGCCCUCAGUAGAGGAGCCAUCAUUGUCUGAAGAUCCGACAGUGGCUGAGGUCAUUGAAGAACCAGAUGAUCCAACAGACUCAGCUCCCUUCCCAAUCAGCAGCAGCACUGGAAGUGAAGAGGACACAUACACAGGGCCCAGCACAGCCGAGAAUUCACAGAGUCAGCCUGCAGAGCAUCCGAAAACAGUUGCAAGCAAUGCAGUGGGUGAGGAUAGCAUCCCUGAUGAACUUGAACCUCACCAGCUGGCUCAGCUUCAGGACCUCAAAGAAUCAAACGCUUAAAAAAUAUCACAGCCAGGCUGCUGAGCCACGCAGUGAGUGAACAUCACCAAGUCAAGCCAAGGAGCAAGUUAUGUUGAGCAAGCUCUAUGAGAUAUGAAGCUUCCACAGUGGCUAUAUGCAAGGAAGUAUUCUAGGAUGAUAAGUUGUGUGAAGAUGGAGUUAAUAUUGGUCUCCAUCCUCACAUGUCUGCUCACCUAGGAAUUCACUGCUUGAGUAAACUCCUUCAAAAGUUCUGCAGUAGCAUAUUACAAGAACCUUAGACUUGUGCCUUUCGAUGAGAAAAAUUACACUUCCAAUAUAUUCAGAAAUUUCUCUGUUUCUUGUGGAGAGGUGCUUGACAAUGAUCACUCAGUCCUGUGCGACAGCAUGCUCAUAAUAUUUUGUAUAGUACAGAUCUAUUGUACAGUGUACAUUCUGCAUCAUGCUAUCUUUUAGCUCACCACCACAUAGACUGGGGUUCUUGAGUUCUGUGUAUACUCUUAACAGCAGCUCAUGAUGUAUAGUACCUAUAUUUUUAUCAUUCCUUCAAUUUACACCAACCAUCUAUGUAAUUUAUCUUAGAAGCUGAACAUAAAGGUUUGGUUUCCAUGUCAUAGGAAGAACAGUAUUCUCCAUUCCUGAGGGCUUUCCACCUCAUGAUUUCUAUGUUACUACGUUCAGUUAUCUGAGAGAAUAUUUCUUGGAGAUGGAUUCUGGCUUCAGUCUUGUUCCCUUGGGAUCCUCGUCGAACACAUAUGACACUGUGGCAGAAACUGGACAGCUCAAACAAGUGACAUGUACAAAAUAGUACAGUGCACCCCCACAUUACAGAUAUUCUGGUUGUGGAAUUUGGCCCUCACAAGAAUCAUAGAAUGUGACCAUAAAAUUCACAAGAUGGACCAUUAUAGAAAUUUUGGACAAAUAUUAAAUUUGUUUAAACACAUAAUGCAAGACAACAACAGAUUAAGCUGAAAUUAUUUUUUAGGGAAUUCAGAUUGCAUACGUGUGUGCAUUGGUGACACAGCAGGAUAUAGAGAGAGCCACUGGUUGGCCUGUGUACAUGCAUCAGUGAUGUAGAGGAUUGUCUGGUAGCAUGGCUGCUAUUCCCAUCUCUUUCUUCAUAUUUUGCAAUGUAUUACCCUUAUUUAAGAUGUGUGGGAAGUGGCCCUUGAGUUCAAAUGCAAGCAGCACAGCUAAAGGAACACAACACAACCUUCUGUUGUUUGUGAUGGGUAAAUAAGUACGUUUUUUUAUAACUGUGGACUGAAAAAUUUCCAUAUGAAUGCUUCUCCAUUUAUAACAUGGGAGUUAAUGGAAAAAUAGGAUUCAUAUUAUGGAAUUUUACAAUACAGACACAUAUUCCAUAACAUGGGGUCAUGCUCCAUUGUUUCUUCUGAUACAUAGAUUUUUUUUGUAAGGUUGCUCUGAAAUGAAAACUU